AGUUCAUGUGCAGUAAGACAUAAAUCUCAGUUUUGCUCAAACGGAUAUCUCAUCCGGAAAAUUGCAUGAAAAAAUUCAAAAUACCGGAAAUACAACACGAUAGUUCAGGUUUCACUUCACCUAGGAGAAGAAAGAAUGAAGCCGACAGACAAAUUGUUAAUUUUGCUCAAAUGACACAAUUGCAAGUUGACACACAAGAAAGUAGAUCUGAUUCCGGUUGCAUAACUUCGGCUUGCACGUCUCGAAUUAAUGCGUUCGAGGAAAUGGAAAAUAUUUGUGAAAUGUACAGGAAUCUACGAAAUAUUUCGUCAUUUUAUGACUGGCAAAACCAGUGCUUAAAUGACGAACAUUUGAUAAGUGGCACAAAUAUGAUUAUAUCAAUGGGCACCGGUGCAGGGAAAACUCUUGUUGCAGAGAUUGUGAUGCUACGAGAAACAAUUUUCCGACGAAGGAGUUGCAUCCUUGUCGUACCAUAUGUCGCAAUCGCUCAGGAGAAAGUUUAUUCGUUGUCGGUUUUCGAGGAUAAGCUAAAUGUUUGCGUGGAGGAGUAUGCGGCAAGCAAAGGUCGUUUACCACCAAUCAAACGUCGAAAAGGGGAAUCUAUAUAUGUUGCGACCAUUGAAAAAGCAAACAUGUUAAUUAAUAGUUUGAUAGAACUGGACCGCAUUGACGAAAUUGGAGUUGUAGUGGUGGAUGAAUUGCAUAUGAUAGGAGAAAAUACUCGGGGAGCAAUUAUAGAACAAGGGCUGAUCAAAUUUAUGCAGAAAGGAACUGGUCAAAUAAUUGGUUUAUCAGCAACUCUUUCGAACGUUGAACAGCUUUCAAAAUUUCUCAGUGCAGCGGUAUUUUCAACAAAAUUUCGCCCUAUUAAACUGGUAGAAAAGGUGAAGAUUGACAACUCGUUGUAUAUUGUACAACCGGAGGGGAAAUUGGAAUUCGAGAUGUGCUUAGGUGAAAAUAAAUUAAGAAACCGUGACCCAGAUGGAUUGGUACCUCUGUUACGGGAUAUUGUACCGAAGCAAUCGGUUCUUAUUUUUUGCCCCACCAAACAGAAUUGUGAAAGUGUUUGUAAAGCGGUUUCACACUUGAUGCCAAAGAAUGUCCGCGAACGUAAAAAAACCGAAAGACUGGCUGCAGUAAAAGCUUUGAAAAGUGAGGAAGAUGGAAAGUUUUCUUCUCUAUUAGAAUUAAGCAUCAUGCGUGGCGUUGCCUAUCAUCAUAGUGGUUUAACAGCCGACGAAAGAAAGAUUAUUGAAGGCGCUUUUCAGGAUGGGAUUAUCAAUAUAAUCUGCUGUACCUCUACUUUGGCAGCGGGAGUUAAUCUUCCGGCCCGCCGAGUAAUAAUCAAAGCUCCACUGGUUGGCAAAGAGCCGAUUCGUAAGGCGCAAUAUCUGCAAAUGAUAGGUCGUGCUGGUCGAGCUGGUUAUGAUGACAUAGGAGAAGCAGUGACAAUCGUGCAUUCUGGUUAUGAGGAAAGCAAAUUUUUGGACAUGAUCAGUGGACCUUUACCGGAAUGUAAUAGCUCAUUAAAUGAACCAGUCAUGUUUUCAUCGUUUUUGCUAGAUCUGAUCUCAUUGAAGAUUAGUGAUUUUACGAUUUCUUUAUUUGUUUAUUAA